UGGUCACACUGCUAAUCACUGCUUAAUCUGAAAAAAAAAUAGUGUUUAUUUCUAUAGUAAUGAUAAGUAAACAAAAUUAAAUACUUUUAAGAUUAUGUACAGUUGUCGUUAACGGUUUUAAACAAAGAAAAUGGACCAGAAUAAUCGCACUCGAAGAACUGAUUUGGAUAUUGAUAGUUUCCGUAGUGAUGAGCCAGGUUUUGAUAGAACACGAAUGAGAAGGCAAUCAGGUGGCUUCGUGGACUUGGGGAAUGAAUCACAAUAUGGUACAGGUGGCCAUCAAGCCUCUGGAGCAAAUGAAAUAUUUGCUGAUAUACAGGGCGAUAUCCCAUGGUGGAAAUCUAACUUUUUUAUAUCCCAGCCUGUCCUAUUUGGCACAUGGGAUGGAGUAUUCACAUCAUGCCUGAUUAAUAUAUUUGGUGUAAUUGUAUUUCUAAGAUCAGGAUGGAUUGUUGGACAGGCUGGUUUGGUUAAUGCUAUUUUUAUAGUAAUUUUUACAGUAUUUGUAGCACUAAUCUCAGUGUUAUCAGCAGUAGGUAUAUGUGAAAGAUGCAGAAUAGAAAGUGGAGGAGUAUAUUUUUUACUAGCACAUACAUUGGGUUCAAGAAUGGGUGGAGCAUUGGGAAUGGUUUAUUGUUUUGGACAGGCUGUGGGUUGUGCCUUAAAUGUGUUUGGUUUUGGUGAAUCAAUGGCCAGCCUUGUGGGAACUGAUAACACAUGGGCAGCCCGUGGUUUUGCUGUAGCUGCUGUCCUUUUACUAGGCACCAUUAAUGUGGCUGGUGUCAAAUGGGUGAUAAAGUUACAAUUUAUACUUCUUCUUAUUAUACUUUUGGCUGCCCUUGAUUUUUUUGUAGGGUCAUUGACUACAACACCUGGCGAAGAAUUCAAAGGCUGGCUCAGUGGAACUAUGGCUAAUAACACAUGGUCAGAUUUUCAAGAUAACUACACAUGGUUCAAAUGUUUUGGAGUUUUCUUUCCUACUAUAACUGGAAUAUUAGCAGGCAUUAAUAUGAGUGGUGAUCUAAAGAAUCCUUCGAUCAAUAUACCAAGUGGCUCACUUGCAGCAAUUAGUACCGGAACUUUUCUAUAUCUAAUGUUUAUAAUAACAUUAGCAGCUACAGUAACCAGAGAUGGAUUGUUGACAAAUUUCUCUAUAACAGCAGACAUCUCUGCUUUGAAAGUGUUACUUCUUGCGGGAUUGUAUGUAAGCUCAAUGAGCUCGUGUCUGGGUGCUAUGUAUGGAACUCCACGUGUUCUUCAAAGCAUUGCUAAUGAAAAAGUAAUUCCUGGACUAGAAACUCUUGGUCAUGGGAGAGGGCCCAAUAAGGUGCCAAUCUAUUCAAUGGUGGUAGUAGCGAUAAUAACCGUCACCUUCAUCAUCAUCGGUGAUAUAAACAAGCUUGCACCCAUCGUCACCAUGCCAUUUCUUAUCACCUACGCUAGCAUAGAUUACUCUUACUUUGCUCUCGCCCAAACUUUUGAUUUGCAGCACAAACGAGAAAUGAGAUUCCAGGGUCAAUUGCAGCGUGAUACCCAAGUAUAUGGUGCCACUGGUAGUGAUCUGGACUUAUUGUUCCCUGAAAGGAUAAGACACAAAAAUGUUGGUGAUUUCACUCCAUCUCCAACUGAGUCUGCAGUCAUGAAUGGGCGAAUGCCAAAUGGAGAUGCUCGUCGACCUAGCGUUAGCAUUCAUUCUAAAAAUAAAAAUUGGUACUCCCACCUCUGUAACAGAUGGUUGUCAUUGAUUGGGGUUGCUGUAAAAAUUCUCCUAAUGUUCUUAGUUCAUUGGGUCUACGCCCUUGGCUGCUUAUCUAUUCUGUGGUUGUUGUGGUUAUACAUCGGAGCAGCGAACCCCGCCGUGAAACCCGGUCGAGCAUCAGAAUUUCGCUUCUUUUACUGGCUCAAAAUAUCAUUCUUACAAGCAAUUGGGAAACGGCCUCUAGAAUAUGAGCAACUAGUGGUGACUCCCGUACAUGCAAAUAUCUCAGUUGAGCAGGAGCGACUCAAUGACGACAACGAGGACUUCGCCUCACGUCGUCGCUACCACCAGUCUACUGCGCUGCAAACUCACCUCGUCAAUGUACAUAGUUAGUCCUAAUAACGAAAUGUAAAUAUAAAAGCUUAACACGAAGCACACAUCAACAAAUCCAGUAAGAAUAAAUAAAAUAAUACUGCUAAACUUAAAACACUCUGCAGAGCACAGCUCUACACCGCUACAAACGUUAAUGGCGGUAAUAUAAUAAAUUAAUAUCAAAGGCAUAUAUAUGUACCCAAAAUGGUAUAUUAAGCGAAACAGAUUCUAUACUGUGUAAGUGACCCUUAAACAUAUUCAGUAUGUUUAUGAGAUCUCAUAAAAUACAUUUUUAACGCUUGCUGUAUCCAGGUAUCCAAGCAUCGCCUAUAUGAUACAAUGAUACAUAAUGACUUCUUUCUUGUUUCUUCUUUAUUUCAUUUAUUUUGUAUAUAUGAUGGAAUCGUGUACUUGCAACUAUUUCAUAAUAUUAAUAAUAUGUUAUAAUAUUUUUGUAGGACAGUAAUUGAUCAUAUGAUCAAUUACUAGACUUAAGGGACUUGUUUAAAAUUGAUGGAUUGAUUUAAAAGUAUCCUGGGAUUCUAUUUCAAUUAUUUGACAGUUGCGAGUUCAUGUAAUCAUUACUGAGAAUUUUAUUACAUAUUACGUAGAUAUAAACGUAUUAUGAAAGCUUACAAAUCUAAAUUGGAAUAUAAUUAUGUGGGAACUAGUACCUGACAACGGUAUCGAAAGAAAACGCAUCACAACCAGGUCAUAAAAAGUGUAUUAUCUACAUCGUAAUUACCUAAUAAUAACCUUAAAUGUAUGUUAUUUAAGGUUAAUAAGUAAGGACGGCAAGACGUACAGUUUUGUCUCGAUUAAUAUACUAUUUUUAUUACAUAUAUUGUUUGAAAUAAUACACUAAGCAAGGAAUUGUUAGUUAUUAGCCAUACAAUAAUUUUACUUUAAAUGAGAGCUUUUAUAAUUUACCAUAUGAUACUAUUGUUGACAUCCACAAGACCACCAAUAUUCAUGCAUGACACGAUAUUUAUCGUAGAGAACAUUAAAAGUAUAUAUUAUAUA